AAACAGCCUGAUUCACCUUAACACUCUCAAAGCAUUUUCUAACUUCUUGGUGCAGCUGUAAUACUGCUGGCUGAGACAUGACACUUUCAGACAAACAAACAAACAAAAACAGAAACAAAAUGGCGCCUCGAAAAAGAACCACUAAUGCUAAGAACAAAAAGAACCCAAAGAUGCCCAAACUGGAGGCUUUUCUGCUGGAUUUUGAUGAUGAAGUAAAUACAAUUUAUAAGAGGUUGAAUGAAAGGACCAACAACCUUCUAAAGGAUGCAGACAACCUGUACAACAUGACCCUGAUCAAGCUUCCCAUGGCAGUUCGACAGAUGAACUGGAUUCAGUAUUGUGGUUCUGAAAAGCCACAAACAGCAGUGGAUGAAUCAAAGCAAAAAGAGGAAGCUUCACAGGUGGAGCUCACCAUCACUCAGGAUCAUACAAUUCCACCGAAAUCUGCCAAAAAAGCUUCGAAGAACAGUGUAAAUUCUGAGGAUGAAGAGAAUGUCGUGCCCAAGUCUACCACUAGAAAGGGAAGACAAAAGAAAGCACCAUCAACUACCAAGAAAGCCAGAGCUCUCUCUGUGAGCAAGCAGAAUGGCACUAUUAGAAAAUCCACCAGAAAGCCCAUGGUUACCCCAGCCAGAGGUUUCUUGGAUUCUUCAAUCAUGGGCCCAACUCCACUCGUCACACCCCGUUUUGACUCCAGGUUGCCCAAGACCCCAGCAGUACGAGUUCCUCGUCACAGAGAGAAGGUGUACAGUAUCUCUGUGAACGGAUCUCCCAUCACUGGAGGCUCAGACGAUAUCGUCAUCAACGUCCCUCUGGGCAACGGAGAGUGCAUUCAGCUUCUGGCCAGCGAGAUGGAUUCAGUUGAUCUGCGGCAGCUGGAUGAUACGGCUAUCCACAGCAUCAGGCAGCUACAGAACCGACUCACAGCUCUCUGUGGAACCUCAGAGUGAAGACACUGCAUUGCGUCAACUUUUCUAGAGCACCCUGUAAAUUCAAGUGUUGUCUGUUUAUACCAUGGAUUCUUCAAGUCUCAGUGUUGGAUUUCAUUCUUUUAGCACGAUGCUUUUUUUUUUUCCCUUUAAAUCACUAUCUUUCUGUUGUAUAUUGUCAUGGGCAUUCUCUCAUGGGCAUAUCUAUUCACAGUGUAUUCAGUUGUGCUUUUUAUUUUGUAAAUAUGAUCCAAAAUUUGUAACCAGAUGUUUCUACUUUUUAAUUUGAAGUCAAAAUCAUUUUCAUGAUAUUUAUGUAUAAUUCUGCUACUUUUCCUGAGGAGCAGAACUACUUGAUGAGACACAGCGUUAGGACGACAGGUAUAACAGCAUUAUCUCCAUCACUUCAACCGUGUAUCUGUGUGGAUAACAUCCAGAUACAUGAGCAGUGUGUAAUGUAUGUACAAAAGUGGAAUUCUAACAUAAACAGCAUCUUACAGCAAA